CCUCCUUAAAUACCCCUCGCCCGCUUUCAUUCUAAUACAGAGAUUCAUAAGUCUCAAGUUCGAGUCCCAGGGCUUUGCAAACUGAGUUGAUUUCAUCUUCUGACAUGGUUGGGUUUGGGCAUAAGUCUGUGUUUGUUAGAUUGAUCGUUGUGUUCUGUGUCUUAGAGUUGUGCUCGGGUAAGUUAGUGAAAGAAGAGCCUCUGGUUCUUAAGUACCAUAAUGGUCCUCUUCUGACUGCAAGCCCCACGCUUGAUGUGAAUCUGAUAUGGUACGGGAAGUUCAGUCCCGUGCAACGUUCCAUUGUGGGGGACUUUGUAAUGUCCUUGGGAGGACUUUUCAGGGGAAACUCUCUGAAAACCUCUGUAUCCACCUGGUGGAAAACAACAGAGUCCUACAAGGCUGCUUCUAAUGGAGGGAAAGCCUACCCUGUUAAGACUAGGACCAGGUUGGGGAGGCAAAAGCUUGAUGAAUUCUAUUCUCUGGGGAAGUCAUUGAAGAGAACAGACAUUGCAGUACUGGUGGAAAGGGCCAUUGCUUCAAGAGCCCUGCCUGCAAGCCCUAAUGCAGUGUAUUUGGUUCUGACGUCUGCGGAUGUAACUGUAGAGAGGUUUUGCAUGAGCUCGUGUGGAUUCCAUGCAAGCAACGUGAAGGGGAAACCUGCAUUUCCUUAUGCGUGGGUGGGUAACUCAGAGACCCAGUGUCCUGGUCAGUGUGCUUGGCCAUUUCAUCAGCCCCUUUAUGGCCCUCAGACUCCUCCCCUGGUGCCCCCCAAUGGUGAUGUGGGUAUUGAUGGAAUGAUCAUCAAUAUUGCUACUGUUUUGGCUGGAGCUGUGACGAAUCCAUUCAAUACUGGGUAUUUCCAGGGCGAUGCCUCUGCGCCAUUGGAGGCAGUUUCAGCCUGCCCGGGAAUGUAUGGAACAGGGGCUUACCCUGGUUUUCCUGGUAAUCUGUUGGUGGAUAAAACAACAGGGGCAAGUUUCAAUGCGCAUGGCGCAAAUGGGCGUAUGUUUCUGCUUCCAGCUAUUUGGGAUCCGGCGACCUUUUCUUGCAAGACUUUGGUGUAGAUAUUACUGUCUGUGUUAUGUACAUAAAAUACUAAUAAUUUGAUACUGCAUCUGAUCGUAUACAGUUUUAUUUUAAUGGUGAUAUGAUUUUGUUUUGGAGCAA